AUGUUUUCCGAAUAUGCUUCCCGAUUCCUGGCGCAGUCCCAGACUCGGAUGAGUGCUAUACGUGAGGGGCGCCUAAACAAUCCACACAACACCGCGCCGCUAUUCCACUCGGCUGCCGACUUUAUGCCCCCGGACGAGGAGCACGAGCAGGAGGUGCAGGACUUCUAUGCCUUGAAGAGCAGCCGACGGCAUUUCGGGGCGUAUGCAUCCUCGAACGCGACAGUCCAGGAGGAAGACGACGAGGAAGAUGGCGACUAUUCUGGUGGGAGCACGCAGGAGCUACGGCAGAGCGGGGGGAAGGGGAAGUCGAGGUUGUCGGUCUUGGGAAACACAAACACCAUCAGGAGCUCGUGGAGAGCGUCAAAGUCCGCUGGGUCCUCGGCGGUGAGGUCGACGUCGAGAACAAGCUCUGUGGGGAGCGACGGGACGGAAAAAGGUGAGAAGGGAAAGGGGAGAAUGGUAGAUAUUGGCCUGGAUGAUAGCGUGCGGCUGGGAAUGAUGCCGGAGGGGAUCGACCAUUCGGAUAUGGUAGAAUCGGCUGUUCAAAGGCCGUUCGGUGGUUAUGAAAGACGGCAUCUGUUGGAGGAUGAAGACGAUGACGAUGGUGCGGAUCGGCCUCCAAGGGAUAUCUGCAUUCAGAUGCCGUCGGACGAUGAUGAGGAGGAACCUGCGUUCCAGCAGUUCCGAAGACCGCCGCCGCCAAAGUCUAACUUGCCAGAUAAAAAGUCGGAGACUACAUUCAUGCCGCGACUGUCGUCGCCUACGCAGCCGCGCGGGCCCCAUAUGAGCAUUAUUCCGCAACAAGUGGCGUAUCCACCUCUAGAACCUCCGUCACAUGAUGCGAUAUGGGGAACUUUAUAUAUGGUGCUGAUGACUUGCUUAUUUACCACGUCUUUCGUGGUGUGGCUACACACUGAAAAAUUGAAUUUGGGUGGUCUCGAUACAGUAUAUCGCACGAUACAGUCCUCAAUCCAUCUUCUCACAGUGGACACACUUCUUGCAAUCGGGGUUUCGUUAGUGUGGAUGUACCUUCUCCGGGCAUUUGUAAAACCGCUGCUCUUCCUCAUACUGGGGGCAGUGCCCAUAAUUCUGGUGGCCUUGAGCAUGUACCCACUCAUCAUGUCGUAUCGCGGGAAAUGGGAAGGUGACGCCCCGCAAGAUAAAGCAAUGAGAUGGGGCAGUAUCUUUCCCGCAGUCAUGGCCGCAUUCUGGGUCUUUUUUGCGUGGAGGGGGAAGAAUGCGCUCGGCCGCGCUAUAGGAAUUAUCCAGCUUGCUUGUAAAAUCCUUGGAGAGAAUGCAGCCCUGGUGCUUUUGAGCUUUGGGACCCUGGGUGCCAUUUGUGUGUUUACUUGGGUGUGGGUGGCCAUGUUUACGAGAAUGUUUUGGAUGGGGAACUACAUUGUAGGAGGUGUUCCGUUGUGGCAUUUGGAUACCAAGAUGAUGAUGCUCGCUACAUACUACAUCAUGAUGUAUUUGUGGACUUUGGGGAUCUGUUCAAAUAUCCAGAGGGCAACUUCUGCCGCAACAGUUUCCCAAUGGUAUUUCCACAGACACCAGAUUCCGAAAGCUUCGUCCAAGGAUAUCAUGCAGGCCGCGUUUACACACUCCACCACCACUCUGUUUGGCACAAUCUGCUUCUCCUCCCUCGUCGCACUUCUGGUCCGCGUUCCGUUGAUGGUGGCCCCCAGACGCAUCGCAGCCUUCAUCCACAUGUUCUGCUACAGCUUCAUCACCUCGCCCGUGGCAUCACUCACCAACCCGCUGACACUGACAUACGCCGCGAUCCACUCACAGCCGCUGAUCGCGUCGUCCCGCGCCGUCGCCGGCAUGCGGUUCAUUGACACGGCGGGAUACGGGACCGGGAAGCACCCGCGCACGGCCUACAAGUUCAGCAAGAUGCUGCUGACGGCCACCCGCGGCAUCACGGCGCUGAGUAUGGGCAUUGGCGCAUGGGUCACGACCGCGAGGGACAUCAAUGGCGGGAGCGCGUACGGGUAUAUUGUGGGCUUGAUUGCGGGCGCUAUUGGGUGGGCGGUGCUGGGUGCGACGGAGGGCUGCUUGAGUAAUAUUGUGGAUGCGUGCUUGGUGUGUGUGGGCUCCGAGGGGCCGAAUGGGGGGCAUUGUAGGGAGGCGCAGAUGGUGUUUGGGGGCUAG